CAUCCGUUACCGGAAAUUAAUUACCAGCAAAUUUCUGUUUUUCUUUGACGAAACGUGGCAUGAAAAUAUGUGCUGUUGGCACUUCUCUCAAAUGUAUACUGUUCUUCUACUAAAAUAAUUAUUUCGUUGUCAUAAGUGACACGAGAUCAGUUGUAAAAAAAGCAUGAAGUGGUACAUAAUAUUUGCAGCAUUGGCUGCUUUUGUUUUUACUACAUAUGCAGAAGAAGAAGAAGAAACUGCAAGAUUAUUAAUAUCUAAACAAUUACUUAAUAAAUAUCUUGUAGAAAAUAUGGAUAUUGUAAUCAAAUAUACAGUUUAUAAUAUUGGAAGUGCAGCUGCUUUAGAAGUUGAAAUCACAGAUAAUUCUUUUCAUCCUGAUCAUUUUACUCAUGUUAGUGGAGAAUUAAAUGCAAGAAUUGAUCGUGUUCCACCUUAUACAAAUGUUAGUCAUACAGUUAUUGUGAGGCCACGUAAAUUUGGAUACUUUAAUUUCACAUCAGCAGAAGUUUUAUAUAGACGUAAAGAAGAUGCUCCUAGUUUACAAUUUGCUGCAAGUAGUGAACCUGGUGAAGCAGUAAUUGUAUCAUUUAGAGAUUAUGAUAAACAAUUUUCUUCACAUGUGGUUGAUUGGGCUGCAUUUGCAGUGAUGACAUUACCAUCAUUAGCUAUUCCUUUUGCAUUAUGGUAUUCUAGUAAAAGUAAAUAUGAAAAAUUACUUAAAACUACAAAGAAACAUUAAUCAUAUAUUUAUUUUAAAUCAUUAAAAAAAUACUUUUUUCAUAUUGUUGUAAGAAAUUUAACUAUCCUACUUUCUGUAUACAUCUACUUUUAUAAUAAAUAUUAUUUAUAAAUAACAUA